AUGGUGCGAUUUCUUAAAAGAAUCCUUGGCCUCCAGGACCCGUUCAACCCCUUGGGUAAAGUUUCCGACGAGCAAGAAUUAGAUCCCACAGUUUUGGACUGGUUGAACGAAACAUUCCCGUCAAGAAGCCAGCUACUCCAAUAUGUUCGUGGACUUUUCCCAUUCUGCCAGUGGCUUGGGCAUUACAAUCUACAAUGGUUUUUCAGUGAUUUAAUUGCAGGAGUAACGGUUAGUGCGGUCGUGAUCCCGGAGAGCGUGGGAUAUGCGAAAUUAGCGGGACUACCAGCUCAUUAUGGGCUAUACGCAUCUUUCACCGGUGGAAUGAUCUACUGGAUCUUUGCAACAUCCAAAGACAUCACUAUUGGGCCCGUCGCGGUAUUAUCCACCGUCAUUGGUGCGAUCGUCAGAGAUGUACAAAUCGCCUAUCCCGGAUCCCCUGCGCCCCAGAUCGCCAUGUCAAUUGCUAUAAUAUGUGGGGGUGUCGUCACAUUCCUCGGUCUGACCAGGUUGGGUUUCAUCAUCGAUUUCAUUCCUCUUCCAUCGAUCACUGCCUUUAUGACUGGAUCUGCGAUCUUGAUAUGUUCCGGGCAAGUCAAGAAUCUGCUUGGAGAAACCGCCAGCUUUAGUCUGGAUGACCCUGCAUAUCAGAUCAUACUCAAUGUUUUUAAGAAUCUGCCUUCGGCAAGGGGAUAUGAUGCAGCCAUGGGACUUUCUGCGCUUGUCCUUUUAUAUGGGAUCCGCACGAUGUGCAAUUAUGGAGCCCAGAGGUAUCCACGGCGCGCCAAACUUUUCUUCUUUUUCUCGAACCUGCGGAAAUUGUUCGUCAUUUUGUUCUUCACGAUGAUAAGCGCCAUAGUUAAUAUACAUCGUCAAGAGGAUCCCGUCUUCGAAAUUGUUGGAUACGUACCCCGUGGGUUGGAAGAUGCCGGUGUUCCUAUACUCUCCAGCGACAUGAUCCAACAUAUCCUUCCCAAACUCCCAGCUGCUGUCGUUGUAAUGGUACUGGAACACGUCGCAACGUCCAAAUCUUAUUCUCGUAUCAACAAUUACACCGUGAACAUAUCUCAAGAGCUCAUAGCCAUCGGCAUCACCAAUCUCCUCGGCCCAUUUGUCGGAGGAUAUCCUUCCACUGGCUCGUUGUCCCGCUCCACCAUUCAGUCCAAAGCUGGUGUCCGCACUCCGUUGGCUGGUGUCAUCAGCUCCACCGUUGUGCUAAUUGCUAUCUACGGUCUGACGCCAAUGCUUUCUUACAUCCCUCAUGCCUCUUUAUCAGCCGUGAUCAUCCAUGUGGUGGCUGAUUUGAUCGCCGCACCAAACACUAUCUACCAAUUUUGGCUUAUAUCACCCUUGGAUGCCGUGGUCUUUGCAGCGGGGCUCAUCGUUUUAAUUAUCAAUCGCAUUGAAAAUAGCAUUUACGUCACUGUUUGCUUAUCUCUGGCAAUUUUGCUUUUCCGCCACAUCAAGGCUUCUGGAAGACUUCUUGGUCGCACAUGGAUCGGAGAUGAAGAAACCCAGAGACCCCUUUUCUUCCCUAUUUCGGAUGUCCAGAAGCCUCGCCAGUGGAAUGUCGAAAAGCCACGCCCGGGUGUUUUCAUCUACCGCUUCUCUGAGGGUCUCAGUUACUCCAAUGUCGGCCACUACUUGGAUGCCUUGGCGCAGGACAUACUCAAGAGCACCCGUCGUACAUGUGCAUUGGACUCUGGGAAGAAAGGCGAUCGUCCGUGGAAUGACCCUAAGCCCAAAAAUACAGGGAAUACCGCGGAUGAACUUCCACUUCUACGGGCAAUUGUUUUUGACUUUUCGGCUGUGAAUAAUGUCGACGUUACUUGUGUCCAGGGGUUGAUUGAUGUGCGCAAUCAACUCAACCGCCAUGCUGCACCAUCAGAGGUGCAAUGGCACUUUGCCAACAUUAAAAAUAGGUGGACCAAGCGAGCGCUUUCUGCCGCAGGCUUUGGAUAUCCUACUAUGCCAUCCGUGGUUGAAGGUCAGCCUGUUUCAGUGGAAAUAGAGAUACAAGAAACUCGUGAAGACUUGGAGAAGGCAAAGGGGGCCACUUCAUGCAAGGGACAGGUUUAUGAGAAGCAUGAAGCUCGCUCUGCACGAUUAGAGCGCAUCAGUCGACGCUUCUUUCAUGCAGAUUUGAUCGGAGCUCUGGAAAGUGUUGAUGCUUAUCUGUAA